CGAUAACGACCCUUGUCUUAAUGAUUUUUACCUGCUUAUGGUUCUCGCCUUUCUCCUCCAAUUUCUUCAUCCAUCCCUCGCGAUGGUUCUUUCCUUCCCUUCCUACCUUCCCUCUCGUCUCCUCACGCGCACAUCGUCUCUCUUUGUUUUCGCUCUAUCUCAACCAUCGGUCAGUCAAGCUAGCAUGCCAUCUUUCUAACCACUUGUUUGAUCUUUCUUUGAGGAGCAUGAAAUGCAUUCUCGCUGUUCGAAGAAAUGCCUGACUGACUCUACUUGUUGUUACUAGCUUGUAUUCAUUUAAAAAUUUUAAACUUUAAUGGUCGAUGACUAUUGCCACUGUGGAUCCUUGCUCUUAUCUGGAUGCAUCAAUAAGUUCCUAGAAGUUGGAUAUAUAUUUCAUGUCAUUAGUUAACCUUGAUUCUUUUCUCCAUCCAUGCAAGGUUCUUGAUUGGGAGCUGUAAAGCCAACUUGGGUAGAAAUUAGGAUUGCUCUGACUCAAUGAUUCCCUAGGUCACCAAAGUGAAGUGCUUAAAGUUACUUCGCUAGCGGCAUGGGACAAAAUCCUUAUCAUCCGUAAAAAGAGAAACUCUGUCUCUUUUGCACCCAGGAAGCUUUUGGAAUCAUCCAUCUACUCCGACCGGCGAGAAGAACUGUCAAAAUGGCAAACCGAUGGACCAGAAGGCGCAGAGAGGUGCAGACCCGCUUGCCACUGCACGUGAGCCAUCCAUCCAGCUCCAUCUCGUACUGGUAUUGUGAUUUCAAGAUUUAUAACCUCAAUGAACGUCUAUUCUCUUUCGGAUGCCGAUAUGCCAGAUUUCUGCGUGUUUGGUUCACAGUGGGAGUUGCCUUCAGUUUCAUGGCUCUACUUGGAGUUUCAGUGAUGCUACUCUGGGAUUCAGCUGGGCCUUUUCAUCUCCGCAGCAGAGAUAUGGAGAUUAACAGUCUUUCAGUGAGUUGGUUGUUUGGCACCUCUCGUUUGGUACCUGGAUUGAGCUUAUCAAUAAUGGACACUGGCAUUAUGAUAGUUUCAACACUGAUAUCUGUUGCAUUACAUGAAUUCGGACAUGCUGUUGCUGCUGCAAGUGAGGGCCUUCAAAUAGAGUACAUUGCCAUAUUCCUAGCAGUCUUGUUUCCUGGAGCCUUGGUCGCUUUCAACUAUGAUAUGGUGCGGAGUUUACCUCAUUUUGCUGCCCUUCGAAUAUAUUGUGCAGGGAUCUGGCAUAAUGUAAUGUUUUGUGCAGUUUGUGCGCUAGCAUUGUUCUUACUUCCUCUAAUCUUGCAUCCUGUUUAUUUACACAAUGAAGGCCCCAUGGUUCUGGGGGUGCCCCAAACAUCUGCCUUAUCUGGAUUUUUGUCUCCUUACGAUGUUAUUGUAUCGUUGGAUGGUUCAAACAUCAAAAGUCCUCAAGAAUGGAUGAAGAAGAUGGCUCAGAUUAAUGCCCAAAUACUUCCUAAAUCUACCUACCUGGAAGAGUCUCUACAUUCUCAGGCUGUUAGUGGUAGAAAAGGAUAUUGCAUCCCUAAUUCUUGGGUAGAAGAGAGCAGAAGUGAGCAGUUCUCUUGUCCUGAUGAACUUACAGCUUUUGUGCGCAUAUCCUGUUCCAAUUCAAGCUUGUUAGUUGGGCGUGGAGAUAGUGACAAGGACAAAGUAGAAGAUAGACAUUGCUUGCCUGCUAAAGAUGUGGUCAAGUUAAAAAAAUGCGGAGAUGAAUGGGAAAUGACUGGAAAUGAAAGAAGCCAUUGUGCAUGUUCAGAGGAAGAAUCUUGCAUGGCACCUGUUCAGAUACCAGGCUUGUCAUGGGUUGAGAUCUCUUAUUCAAGCCCAUAUUCUUCGGAGUGCUUGAAGCUAAGAAGAAAUUUAUCAUCAACAUAUUCUGAAAAUAACUCUGGAUCAACUUCAUGUGGGGGGUCUUUUGUAUAUGUUGGUGAUGUGCCCUCGGUGGCAUAUUCCAUUCAAUUAUCAGCAUAUCAGCCCCGAUGGUCAUCAAUUAUUUUUAGUGCAUAUUUACCAUAUGUACUGGAGAAGCUUUUGGGGUGUGCCUUCCAUGUGUCUGCAACUUUGGGUUUACUAAAUAGCUUGCCAGUAUAUUUUCUAGAUGGUGAAUCUAUUCUGGAGACUAGUCUUUGCUACAUCACCUGGCUAACUCCAAGGCGGCGGCGUGGAGUCCUUAGAUUUUGCCUUGCUACAGGGACUCUCUUAUCCGUCAUUACCAUUCUGAGAAUCCUUUACUCCAUCCUAUGAGAUGGAAUUAACUUGAAUUAUCACAGGUCGUAUUGUGAGUUGAUCUCUUCUUCCUUGGGUUUUUCUUAUCCGGACCGGUGGAGUUCGAUUACUAAUUUCUAAAAUUAUUACAGAGACAACUCAACAAGGCAGUUCUGCUGAAAAGCUUAUCACCAAAACCAGUAUUCAGCUUGCUUUGGCAUGUUAGCACCGACCUGGGUUCUGGUUUUCAUCAAUUGUCUCAGCAUAUGCUUGCCAGAUUGUAAACUGUCCAUGCAUUGCGGACUGACGUAGAAUGGUAUCCAGCGAGAGACCUAGCGACAGAGCCAUGUCGAGCAUCAUGUGGGAAUCAUCCUAAGAUUAGUUCUCAAGCUGCAACCUCAUUUGGAUGGAUGUGCUGAAAAAAGGUUUCACCGACUGCCUGAGUCUUACUCAAACCCAGCUUGGGGUACAUCUGGGCUUAAGACCACAUAAUAUCCGGGCUUCUGUUUUGUUCUUUUCUUGAACCCAAUCUGUAGCAAACCGAGGGCGAGCAGUCUACGGCGCUCUGCACCAUUGCCAGGGAAAAGGUGGGGAUCUGUACACAGGGACUUUGGCAAAUUGGUUCUUCUAACCUUGCUGGAGACUUGGUAGUCAUCCAUUGUCUUGCUUUUUCUGUAGGGAAAAACAAAAUCUAAACUGCUAUAAAUGUUCUUUUUUUCAAUUUAUUGUGUUGGAACUUGGGAGCCUUGUGAAUUAGGUCCCAGAUGUUUUUGAAGAGGAUCAUAAUGUUUUGAACAAAAGUACAAGGCCUUGUGUGCUACUAUGAGUGAACGACAGGAGAUGUACAAUUGAGAAAAGGAUCUAUGAUCAAGGUGGGCGUUGUCAUCCUUUUUUAUAUUUGUUGUUGAGAAAUAAGAGGUGGGCUUUGAAUUUGUUGUGGGUC